GCGGCGAGACUCAGUUGCGGCCGGCCGCGCGGACAUGCAGCCCCGGAGGCCGGGGGCGGGAAGGUGGCUGCGGGCGCGGCGGCCUCGAGGACUGGGCUCCACGCGCGCCAGAGGCUGAAGGCGCCGGCUCCUCCCCCAGGGCGGCGCGGGGACGCCGGCCCGAGCCCCGCAUCCCGGUGGAGGCCUCCUCCCGGACCCCACGGACGGCAUAGGCACAGGCGGCAUCCUCCCAGGAAGGAACUGGGUAGACCCGCAAGCCGCGACGCCCUCGCCCGCGCCUGUCACCCUCGCACCGAAGGCAGCACGCACCUGGGUCCUCCUUCCCCGCCCUCUUAACCCACCCAGCCCUCGCGAGCCCUCCCCAAAAGGAUCCAGCGAAAGCGGAUUCUGCCCUGGAAGGGACUCUCCGAAGGCGAGUCCGCAGGGCAGAGAGGCCCCGACGCGUGGCCCCGAGAUCGACACCCCAGCGGCGGCUUCGGAAGACCGCGCGUAGGAGGAAAGGACGGCGCCGAGCGGGGACCGCGCGCGGGUAUGAAGCUGGAGGUGUUCGCACCCCGCGCGACCCCCGGGGACAAGCCAGGCAGUGACCUGGAGGGCGCCGGUGGCAGCGAAGCUCCGUCUCCGCUGUCAGCGACUGGCGACGACUCCCUGGGCUCGGACGGGGACUGCACAGCCAACAGCCCGGCGGCGGGCGGAGGCGCCGGGGACCCGGCCGGCGGAGGCGGUAGCGAACAGAGCACGGGCAGAGGACCUGGCGCCCGAGACGAGGCUCCAGCGGCGGCGGACGAAGCGGCGGCUGGCGCGGCGGGGCCGGGCGCUGGAGGCGGCGAGGGCGCGCGCGGCAAGCCGUACACGCGGCGCCCCAAGCCCCCCUACUCGUACAUCGCGCUCAUCGCUAUGGCCAUCCGUGACUCGGCAGGCGGGCGCCUGACGCUGGCCGAGAUCAACGAGUACCUCAUGGGCAAGUUCCCCUUCUUCCGCGGCAGCUACACGGGUUGGCGCAACUCGGUGCGCCACAACCUCUCGCUCAACGACUGCUUCGUCAAGGUGCUGCGCGACCCCUCGCGGCCCUGGGGCAAGGACAAUUACUGGAUGCUCAACCCCAACAGCGAGUACACCUUUGCCGACGGGGUCUUCCGCCGCCGCCGCAAGCGCCUCGGCCACAGGGCGGCGGCCCCCGCGCCCGAGCUACGGCCCGAGGACGCCCUGGUGCGCCCCUCGGCGGGGCCCGCGCCCGCCGCCCGCGCCUCGCCCCCCGCGCGCUCUCCCGCCCGCCCGGAGGGCCGCGUCAGCCCCGCGGGCAAGUUCUCCAGCUCCUUCGCCAUCGACAGCAUUCUCAGCAAGCCUUUCCGCAGCCGCCGAGAUAGGGACGCGGGUGCCGGGAUCUCAGGGGUGCAGCUGCCUUGGAGAGCCGCGCCCUGCCCGCCGCUGCCCGCGUACCCCUCGCUGCUCCCUGCGGCGCCCGGCGGGGCCCUGCUGCCUCUGUGCGCGUACGGAACGGGCGAGACGACGCUGCUAGGCGCGCGCGGGGCCGAGGCACAGCCCGCAGCUCCCCCGGCCGCGCCGCACCUCCUCCUGACGCCCCUAUCUAUCGCGGCCCCAGCUAAGGCGUUCCGGGGCGCAGGGGCUAGCGGCGGCGCGCACCUGUACUGCCCCCUGCGGCUGCCCGAGGCCCUGCAGGUGGCCUCGGCCUGCGGUCCCGGCCCCCAUCUGCCCUACCCGGUAGAGACGCUUCUAGCCUGAGCCGCGCAGCUGAGCGCAGCGGGGGUGGGCGCCACCAGGGAAAGGGGAGCCAGGAUCGAGCGGUGCACUUUCUACCCAGAGGAAAAGACUGUGUAAAAAUCUCCGUCAGACGUGCCUUAAAGCUAAGCAUUUUGACAGAAGUGUUUUAACUUAGUCCAAAAUAUUUCCUUUGUCUUUUAUAACCUUACAGAGGACCAAAGCAGUUCUUAAUUGCUUUAAUAUCUUGGCUAAGCCUGUCCUCUCUCGUAAAAACUUUUCCUCUCCCUUAUUACCCAGGCUGCCUGUAAUUCCUAUUUUUAUUGCACCUUCCAUUGAUUUAUCCCUCCACCCCCAGAAAAAGGGAACAUCAGGGAACCAUUCCAUAGGGCAAAUGAUACGACUACUGUUUUGGGGUCCCCAGGAUCCCGCGAGUGUACGUGUGUGGCAUUCACAAGGGUGACUGUCCGAGGAGUCAGAGGAUCUGCACCGACCAAUGCUUCACUGUGCCAAACGAGGGAGAGAAAAUGUUGGCGUUUUUUAAUUAUUUAUAUAUUUUUGAAAUCUGAUUUGAAAAUGUUGCAGGCAACGGCUACAGCUUUAUUAGUGUGGUCUCCUCGGGUCAAGCAGUUUGUUUAAAGGAAAAGCGGACACGUUUGUAGACUAUCAGGACCACUGCUACUCGAAAGCAAGUGUGAUUUUUAUUUUUAAUAUUAUUUUAUUUGUGUCUGUGUACAUAUUCAUGUAUAAAUUUUAUGAAAGCCAAGCAUAGUGCUUAUUUUUUAAUAAAACUCACAGUUGACUUACA